GAUAUAAUAUCGAUAUCGCCAUAUCAACGAGUAGACGUCUUAGUUGUGCGCGUUUGUAGUAAAUAUUUGGAUUUUAACAUUCGGCAAAAAUGCCUAUUGCCGUGUUUAGUUCCGUUCGUGAAAUAAGUAGCGAAGAUCCUGUUCAUGUGGCCGAGAACCUGUUGAAGGAGAAUGCCGGCAAAAAGUGGAAGACAAAAUCGGCUGGCGAAAAGUCUGCUUAUGUUAUUUUAGAAUUUGGAGAACCCCAGAAAAUUACCGGUAUUGAUAUUGGCAACGAGCAUUCCGCAUUCGUUGAGGUUUUGGUCAGCAAAUCAGGCUGCGGCUCUGAUGAUUUUAUGGAAAUUUUGUUGUCCAGUUCGUUUAUGACGCCAAUUGAAAGUAAAAAUUCUAGCAACACAAAUCGCGUGCGAUGUUUUAGUAGCGAUGCCCUGAUAGCGUCAACGCUGGCAGAAAAAUGGAAACUUGUAAAAAUCGUCUGCACACAGCCGUUCAACAAGCACGUUCAGUAUGGAUUGUCCUUUAUUAAGAUACAUGUGGCUCCCAAUGCAUCGAAGUCAAAGGCAUUGGUGCCCGAAAAGUUUCUUCAUUCACUGCAAAAUCAACAAUCCAACAAGUCGGGCAUUGGUGUAACCUCACUUGGAAGCUUUAAGCUACGCGAAGAGUCACCCGACUCGGAGUCCGAAAGUAAGGCGUCACUUUUUCAGCGCUGGAAAGCGUCACGUGAUGAGAAUAACACUGGUCCCAGCACGGCAGCCGCUAUUAGGGAUGCCUCCCAGCCAGCUGCUCUACGGAGGCUGAGCAACCCCAGGCCUUCUCCCCUAACAGUUUCAAAAUCCCCAAAUGUUGAACCAAAGUCGGAGGCAAAGGUGCUCGAUCGGAAUCGGGAGUCGUUAUUGUUUGGUGAUAAUAUCGAUGAUGAUGAUGAGGCUGAUGAUGCAAAAAAGCAGCGCCUGAGCAAGCACAUUGAAGCGGACAAGAAUCGUAGGCGUAUUGAGCAAGAAAAGCAAAAGGAGAAAUCAAAACGACACUCCAUUGACAAGCAAUCGGCACCAUCUACGUCUAAAGUCGUAGAAAAGAAAGUUGUCGUUGACAAUCAUAUUCCCAAGGAACGUUCACAGAAACGUGUAUCUUCGCCGACUGCUGGCAAUAGCACCCCAGCUAAAAAGCCACGGAUCAACGAUGCCGAUAUUCAAUUUCGGCCCUUCAAUCAACUGCUGCGUAAUGUUGUCUUAGUCAUAAGUGGCAUACAGAAUCCAGAUCGCGCGAAUUUAAGAUCCAAGGCCUUGGCUAUGGGUGCCAAAUACAAAGCAGAUUGGGAUGCUGACUGCACACAUCUCAUUUGUGCUUUUAAAAAUACACCCAAGUACAAUCAGGUCAAGGGUAAAGGUAAAAUAGUUUCGCGCAGCUGGCUCGAAAAGUGUCAUGCACUUAAAAAGUAUCUGCCUUGGCGUCGUUACGCAUUGGACACCACAGAACUGGGGAAGCCUGAGAGCGAUGAAGAAAUACUCGAUGAAUCAAUGAGACCAGCCGCAGUUUUGGACGAUGUGGACGAAGGGAAAAAUACGAGUAUAACAGCCGCUUACGAUCUAGAUGAUAAUAAAGACAUGGACACCACUCAUCAGUGCGACUCCGGCAGCGACACUGAGGACGAACUAGAACGUGUUGCUCAAAAAAAUAAGAAAAUUAUUACGAGUGACAAGAAUCAAAAAAAUAACAGUGCUAAUCCAAAAUCACGGGAUGUUUAUGAAAUAAGCACUGACGAAGAAGAUUUUCUGGAGGAGAAAAAGAAGCGGCUGAGAUAAACUUUUACUUUCGUUCAUACCUACAUUUCGACCUCGAAAUUUGUUUAGUAUUAAGGUAAGCGUUGUUUUUUGUAACAAUAGUCUAAGUCACAAAUAUAUAUUCAUGUUGUUCU